CGCAAGUUAUAAACAUUACCUGAAGUUUUUCCUAAAAUUUACAAAUAAAACUAACAAUGAAAUUCGUUAUAGAACAUUUGAGUAAAAGUUCUGGCCGCUUGGGUCAAUUGGUGCAGCAGGAAAGUGCAAAACAAUUCAAAACACCGUUGUUAGUGCAAGUUACAAAGGGCGGCAGUAUACCCUAUCUAAGUCGCGAAGUAUUUGACCAUGUUGCUCAAGAGCCACAAGUGCUGCAAAUGUCUUUGGCUACCAUGGACCAUAUGAGAGAAGCCUUGAAUCAUUUCAAAGGUGGUGGUGUGUCGGGUUUUGUGGGUUUUAAGGAUUAUCCUACUAUACUGACCAUUAGAGACCCUUGUGAAUUGGCGCCAAGUGGUUUUAAUGAGAAAGAUAUUGUGCCGCUGUUUACACGACGCGGCAAAGAACCACUUUCUGUUCAAAAAUUUAUAAAUCUGGUGGAGUCAUUUAAACCCGACAUUUAUCAAGGUCUUUGUGAUGCGGACACCAAUUUUGAUAGUGCUAAGAAAAGAAUACAAAAAUCUGUGGAUCGCACUGAAACAUUUAUGGACUCUUGCUAUGAGCAUCACAACAAUUCAGAGUCAUUGCAAAAAUCAUGUCUAUUUGCUCCCAUUGUGGGUGGCUACAACACCUACAAUCGCUCCCAAUCAAUUAAGCAUGCCAAAGCGAAAGGUGCCGCUGUUAUUGGUGGUUUUAUAUUCGAAGGUUUCCAUUGUUAUGGUUUGUCAGCAACGGAGGUUAAGGACGAACAAAUUCUGCCCAUUAUGAAACAUUGCCUUAAGGAAUUGGAUGCUGAUAAACCGCUUAUGCUGCCGGGUGCUUUUACACCUGUAUUAAUAUUAAAGUUGGUUCAGUUGGGAGUUGAUAUAUUUGAUUCUUCAUACGCUUAUUGUGCAGCUGCUAAUUUUAAGGCUUUGUCAUUUAAUUUUGAUUUGAGCAGUAAGGCUACAGCAGCCCUCACGGAGACACCAUUUAUAGAUAUUACGGAUGAGUGCUUAAAAGAAGACUUUACCCCCCUAAUAAAGGACUGCUCUUGUUUGGCCUGUCAGAAACAUACAAGAUCGUAUAUACAUCAUCUAUAUAAAACAUCGGAACUCUUAGGACCCAUUUUAUUAAUGAUUCAUAAUUUACAUCAUUUAAUGCAAUUCUUUACAACAAUACACAACUGCAUUUCAAAUGACAAACUCAACGAAUUAAUUGAACUGAUUGAAAUGCAAGGCAGUGACAAACACAUAGAAUAUCGUAUUGAGGCCAAUACUAAAGUAAUUAGUAGAGCUGGUUUGGGUAAAGGUUUUGCUGAUGCCAAAGAAUAAUAUUUAAAAAAAGACAAUUAAAAUAAUAAAAACCUUAAUGUGUAUUCAAUUCAAUUCAUUUUAUAUUUUAUAAUUUUAUUUUUGUAAUAAAUGUACAUUAACUUAA